GGACUUUGUCUACGAUCUGUUUGAACACGUCCUGAGCCGGAACAAACAGGACACUCUGAAGAGCAGCAUCAAACACAGACGGCCCACAGUCAGCACCCAGUUUAAGGACUCUUUGCACUCCUUGAUGGCCACGCUCAGCACUUCCAACCCAUAUUUUAUCCGAUGCAUCAAACCAAAUACACACAAGAUGCCUGAUCAUUUUGACCAGACGGUGGUUCUGAACCAGCUCAGGUAUUCCGGCAUGUUGGAAACAGUCAAGAUUCGACGCACCGGCUUCCCUGUCCGGAGAACUAUUCAGGACUUCUGCUCGAGGUACAAGGUGCUGAUGCGUGGUUUGUUGAAUUCAGAAGACCCCAGAGGGUGCUGCGUCCAGCUGCUCUGCCAAUAUGACAGCAGCAGUGCAGAGUGGCAGCUGGGCAAGACCAAGGUCUUCCUUCGGGAGUCUCUGGAGCAUCGCCUGGAGAAGCAGAGGGAGGUGGAGGUGCUGAAAGCAGCCAUGAUCAUUCAGGCCUAUGUCACAGGCUACAUGGCCAGGAAGCAGUACAAGAAGCUGCUGCGGUGUAUUGUGGUCAUCCAGAAGAACUACCGGGCUUUCUACUGGAGGAGGAAGUUCUUGCUCGUCCGCUGGGCGGCGCUCACCUUCCAGAAGUGUCUGCGAGGGCAGCUGGCUCGUCGCACCUACAGCCGGAUGCUGGAGGAGAGGAGGAAGAAGGAGGAGGAGGAGCGCCGCAGGUGGAUGGAGGAGAUGGAGAGGUGGGCUACUCAGUUUAUUCACCGUGUAGUUACUGUAGCUACAGCCAAAUCAAAAGUUAUUGUGCAAAAAGAAAUCUCGUGUUUGUGGUUUCAGGCUGAGGAAGCCAGAACACUGGAGGAGCGGCGUCGUGCUGAGGAGCUGGCCUCUCUGGUUUUGACAGAGUCUCAAAAUGCAGCAGCAGCUGCAGCAUCACCAGACGUGGAGGAGCUGGAGUCAGCAGAAAGCUUUGUGGAGGCAUCAGCAGAGGAAGAGGAGGCGAUGCGUCCGCACGAGGCAUCGCAAGUGGAGGAAAUUCUCCGACUAGAGCGGGAGAUCCAGGUGCUGCAGAGACAGAAGGAGCGCCAGGAGCUCUCUUUGACCGAAGCCUCGCUGAACCGCCUGCAGCAGCUUCGCGAUCAGGAACUCCGGCGGCUGGAGGAUGAAGCCUGUAAGGCGGCGCAGCAGUUCCUGGACUCCCUGAACUUUGAUGAGAUUGAUGAGUGUGUGAGGAACAUUGAGAGCUCCUUGGGCGUGGGUGAAGAAGAUGAGAAGAAGGAGGAUGGCCAGAGGAGGGGUAACGAGGAAGAAGAGGUCGAUGAAGGGUUCGGUGCUGAUGACGAUGCCUUCAAAGACUCGCCAAACCCAAGCGAGCACGGCCACUCGGACGGCCAGCGGACGAGCGGUAUCCGAACGAGCGACGACUCAUCCGAAGAAGACCCGUACGCCAACGAUGCUGUGAUUCCGUCGCUGCCGCCGACCACUGUGCUUCACCACUCUUUGCCGGCGAUGCCUUCGGCCUGCCGUAGCGCAUCAUCCAGCGGGGAUUCGGCUUACUGCCACCCCCAGGCUUCAUCUGAGGCUCAAUCUGAUGAGCUGGUAGAGCUGAUUCCUCCAGAUGAGGAUUCAGACUACGAUCAGGAUGACUACGAUGAAGGCGCCAUCGUGUCUAGUGGCAGCAUGGCUUUCUCCAACCCUCGCAGUGGACAGUGGUCUCCGGAUUACCGCGGAUCUGUUGGCACCUACAACAGCUCGGGGGCUUACCGCUUUAGCUCAGAGGGGGCUCAGUCCUCGUUUGAGGACAGCGAGGACGACUUUGAGAGGUUCGACACAGACGACGAGUUGUCUUAUCGGCGGGACUCUGUGUACAGCUGUGUCACGCUGCCGUACUUCCACAGCUUCCUCUACAUCAAAGGUGGUCUGAUGAACACGUGGAAGCGGCGUUGGUGUGUUCUGAAGGACGAGACUUUCCUGUGGUUCAGAACUAAGCAGGAGGCUCUGAAGCAGGGCUGGCUGCACAAGAAGGGCGGGGGCUCGUCCACGCUCUCCCGACGCAACUGGAAGCGGCGCUGGUUCGUGCUGCGUCAGAGCAAACUCAUGUACUUUGAGAACGACGGAGAGGAGAAGAUGAAGGGGGUGCUGGACAUGCACAACGCCAAAGAAAUCAUUGAUAACACCGGUAAGGAGAAUGGAAUCGAUAUAGUGAUGCCAGAGAGAACUUAUCAUCUGAUUGCCGAGUCUGCUGAGGAUGCAAGUUCAGAGGAAAGCAGAGAAUACAAAAAGUUAUUUAAUAAUUAUUUCCCACCAGGCUGGCUGCACAAAGAGAUGAAGAACAGCACCAAAGCUUCACUGAAGCUGAAGAAGCGCUGGUUCCUGCUUACCCACAAUUCCCUGGACUACUAUAAGAGCUCCGAGCGUAAUGCCCUCAAGCUGGGAACGCUGGUGCUGAACAGCCUCUGCUCAGUGGUUCAGCCAGAUGAGAAGGUCUUCAAAGAGACUGGAUACUGGAACGUGAUCGUGUACGGCCGUAAACACUCGUACCGUCUCUACUGCAAGCUGCUGACUGAAGCCACGCGCUGGGCCAACUCCGUCCAAAAUGUCAUAGAUACCAAAGCUCCCAUCGACACGCCCACCCAGCAGCUCAUCCAGGACAUCAAGGAGAACUGUCUGAACUUGGAGGUCGUUGAGCAGAUCUACAAGAGGAACCCGAUCCUUCGCUACAGUCAUCACCCUCUGCAUUCCCCGCUGCUGCCACUGCCCUACGGGGACAUUCAUCUCACCACUCCAAGAAGCAGAAGCUACACAACCCUGCAGGAUGAAGCCCUCAAGGUGUUCAGCUCGCUGCAGCAUCUGGAGGGCGUGGCUGACCCCGUGCCCAUCAUUCAGGGCAUCCUGCAGACGGGCCAGGAGCUCAAACCACUGCGAGAUGAGCUCUACUGCCAGCUCAUCAAGCAGACCACACGGCCGCCACAGCCCGGCAGCCCUGGGAACCUGUGCAACUGGAAGAUCCUCGCCUGCAUGUCCUGCACGUUCGUGGUGGAGAAACUGAUCCGCGGUCUGGCCAUGGAGGACAGCAGGAAUAUGUUUGCCCUGUUUGAACACAACGACACCACAGAGAAAGCCAUCGAGAGCCGCACCGUGGUGGCUGACGUGCUCGCCAAGUUUGAAAAGCUUUCAGCAAGCCCAGAUGAAGGCAGCACCGGAUGGAAGUUUUACUUCAAACUCUACUGCUUCUUAGAUACGGACAACGUUCCCAAAGACAGCGUGGAGUUCGCUUUUAUGUUCGAGCAGGCCCAUGAAGCCGUGAUUCGUGGUCAAUAUCCGGCCCCUGAGGAGACUCUUCAGUUUCUGGCUGCUCUGAGACUUCAGUACCUUCUGGGUGAUCACAACUUCCAGUCCACCAUCCCUGAAAUGUCCCAGGUUUUCCCCAUGUCUCGACUGCGGGCCCGGGUGCAGAACUCGGCCAAGACGUUCGCUCCGGGGACCGGCUCGGUGGCCGACCGCUCAGGCACGGCGGAGAGGAAACGCUCGAGUUUCCUGGAGGGGACACUGAGGCGGAGUUUCAGGAGCAGCUCGCUGAGUCGGCAGAAGCUUGAAGAGGAGAACAGCCUGGAGGCCUGGAUGAGGGAGGAGGCGGCGGCCGUGAGAACCAGCGUGAUGGACAAGUGGAAGAAGCUGCAGGGGAUGAACCAGGAACAGGCAAUGGUCAAAUACAUGGCGCUGGUGAAGGAGUGGCAGGGAUACGGAUCCACUUUGUUCAACGUCGAGUGUCGGGAUGGCAUGUUCCCCUCCGAGCUCUGGUUGGGUGUGAGCCGGGAGGCCAUAUCAGUGUACAAGCGAGGGGAGCCGUGGCCUCUGGAGGUGUUCCCGUAUGAACAGAUACUCUCUUUCGGAGCGCCGUUAUCCAACACCUACAAAAUCACCGUGGAAGGCCGAGAGCUGGUGUUUGAAACCCAAAUGGUGAUGGACAUCGCCAAGCUGAUGAAGGCCUACAUCAGCAUGAUCGUCAAGAAGCGCUACAGCAACUGUCAGUCCGUCAGCAGCCACGGCAGCCACUGUAGCACCUGGUGAACUCCGCCCUUUCACCCUCUGCCUCGCAGCCACGUGCAGGAGUGCAGCCAGGGCCGGUGCCGGCCAUGCAUGGACGCCCAUCCUCUGCACUCUGGAGAGAGCAGCUCGUACAUUUCAUGUCAGACUGACUCUGAAUGCUGGAGAAAAAAAAGUCAAUAUGCUCUUAAUGUAAACUAGCUCAACUUAUCUUGACCUGGUUUCUUUUAGAAACAGUACACAUCCACUCCUUAUUCAUCACGAUCAAAUGUAGGCACAGAAAGUUCUCCAUAAAACUCAAGAAAACAGAAAGAAGUCCAAAAGUUGACUGAGAAAGCAACAUGAGAAUGCUUCUCGUUAUCUAAAUCAACAGAUAUUUGAUAACGAGCAGGGACCAGACUUUAAAAGACUCAGACUGCGGGCAGCUUCUAAUUGGUUUCCCUCAAAGCCUGCUAGCUGUUAGUGUUAUUUUAUUUUUUAUUUAAGAUCCUUUAGGGCUUAAGAUCAAUUGCUCUUAUAAAUUCCACGAGUUAAUUACUAUUUUUCAGAAAGUGAUAAAAUGCUUGAAGGACUAUCAUUCUUGUCACAUUCCACCUCUGUUCAGCCAACAUAAUAUGAAGUUUUUGUUUUAAAGCUGGAAGUUGUGUACAAUCUUCACUUUCUUAAAUAAGCUAACAAAUGCACAUUUUUGCCCCACAUUAAAGUAAAGGCUCCUUCUAGUUAAGUUUCCUAAACUGACUAGAGAAAAUAGAACAAAGGAUCAGUUUAAUCUGCUAAUCCCAAGGCGUACAAAGUGUACCAUGACAGACGUUCACCCCCAGACUCUGAUUACAAACCACAGUCUCUUAGACCAAAGAAAACUAGGUGGUGGUUAAACGCAAUCAUAUUUUUAUAUUAGUCUUCAUGAAGUCAGAUGCAGCUUCUAAAAGGUGGAUGUGUCUUGUUUUGAAAAGAAACAGUUAAUUUUCUGUCGGAUGGUGAACCUC